UGGGACGUUGCUCCGCCCCCCGAGUCUGUCGUAAACCUGGCGGCGGACUAAAAUAAACCCCAGAUCCCGCGGCUCGAGGGCUCGCCGCGCCGCCGACUCCUCGUCACAGGCGCUGCCGCCGCAGCCGGGGUGGCGGCGACGAGCGGCCGCCGCGUUCCGCCCGCGCCCGCCCCGGGCCCCCCUACCUGGCCGUCCGCCGAGCCAUGUCGUUGAGCCCCAAGCACACGACGCCCUUCUCCGUGUCCGACAUCCUGAGCCCCAUCGAGGAGACCUACAAGAAGUUCGGCGGCGCCAUGGACGGCGCGCCGCCCGGCCUGGGGGCGCCCCUGGGGGCCGCGGCUGCCUACCGUGCGCCGCCGCUCGGCCCCUCCUCGCAGGCGGCGGCGGUGGCGGGCAUGCAGCCACCCCACGCCAUGGCGGGCCACAACGCGGCGGCGGCGGCGGCCGCGGCGGCGGCGGCGGCCGCGGCUGCCGCCACCUACCACAUGCCGCCUGGCGUUUCGCAGUUCCCGCACGGCGCCAUGGGCGGCUACUGCAACGGCGGCUUGGGUAACGUGGGCGAGCUGCCCGCCUACACGGACGGCAUGCGGGGCGGCGCGGCCGCCGCGGCCACCGGCUGGUACGGCGCCAACCCGGACCCGCGCUACUCGUCAAUCUCCAGGUUCAUGGGGCCAUCGGCGGGCGUGAACGUGGCCGGCAUGGGGUCGCUGACGGGCAUCGCGGACGCCGCCAAGACGCUGGCGCCGUUGCAUGCGGCUGCGGCGGCUCCGCGAAGGAAGCGUCGCGUGCUCUUCUCGCAGGCGCAGGUCUACGAGCUGGAGCGUCGCUUCAAGCAGCAGAAGUACCUGUCGGCUCCCGAGCGCGAGCACCUGGCCAGCAUGAUCCACCUGACGCCCACGCAGGUCAAGAUCUGGUUCCAGAACCACCGUUACAAGAUGAAGCGGCAGGCCAAGGACAAGGCGGCGCAGCAGCUGCAGCAGGAGGGCGGCCUGGGCCCGCCGCCGCCUCCGCCGCCGUCCCCGCGUCGGGUGGCGGUGCCCGUGCUGGUCAAGGACGGCAAGCCGUGCCAGAACGAUGCCAGCACGCCGACACCCGGCCAGGCCGGCCCGCAGCCACAGGCCCCGACGCCCGCGCCUGAGCUCGAGGAGCUGUCGCCCAGCCCGCCCGCGCUGCACGGCCCGGGGGGCGGCCUGGCGGUCCUGGACGCGGCCGCGGGGGACUACGGCGGCGGCGGCGGCGUGCUUGGCGCCAACCUGCUCUAUGGCAGGACGUGGUGACCGCGCGGGCGCCCCGGGGCGGGGUCCCGCCUGCGGCGCGGAGGGUGUGUAAGAAACUUCGAGAACGGAUGGGGAAAACACACCGAAGCUGACUCGAGUACACGGAGAUCAAAAACUAAUGAACGGGUCAUGGAGAGGGGCAGCCUCAGAACCUCUUUGCUGGGGGGGGGGGGGGGGGGGGACAGCGACGGCCCCGGAAUUGAAUAAUACGACACCAGGAGGCUGUGAGGUGGUGAUUUCCUCCUUCAGAAGUUCCUAAAUUAUUCGAAAAGCUGGCUGAGUCCACAUCCACCACGUUCCUAACCAAAGCUCUCAAGAGUUUUAAAAGUUGGAAACUUUGUUGGUGUUUGUAGCUCUAAAAAUCAACCCAGCUUUAACAAUGAAUCCUUUUUUGAAGUGGAAUUUGAGAGAUUAAUUUUCAAAGGCCUCCCCCUUAAGUGCAAUUUCAUUAAUGUUUGAUUGAAAGUAACUUGUAGCUCAAGGUGGAUCAUGCACAUAGCAACAUUACUGCAGGGGAAUUACUGCCAUUUAGGUAAUAGAGAAAUGGAAUAAAAAUAAUCAAAAUACUGUUUAUAUGGCUUGAUAGAGCUUUUUAAAUUUAAUGGCGAUUUUAAAAUGUUUUGAUCGUUAUUUGGCAAAUGAGUGUUUAUAUAUUACUCUAAAAGAGGAUAUUUCCUACCUAAGAUGCAGCUCGUAAGAGGGAAGGGUUGUAAACUACUUUUUAUGUGGAAUCUGCUCUCCAAAAUCAAAGGAUAAAAUAAAUGUACGCUGUCUUUCCAUGGACCUGUUAUUUGCUCUAAGUUAUUUGCCUGUCUGAAUUUGAAUACCUUGAUAAAAUACUAGAACAAGCAAGCGAAUUUGC